GUGGGAUUGUAUUAAUUGAUCCGAUCACAGUAAUUAAUUAAUUAAUAAAUAAUAAAUUAAAAAAGAAGAAAUGUGGAGGCGGAAGCAGAGUAGCAGUAGUACGGAAGUGGGUUGCAUUGCGUGCGAGGAGCUGAGCUUGGUUGGGGCCGGAAAGGAAGGGUGGCUCGUGGAGGACCCAAAUCUUGUGUGCGCUCUGGACACUCACGCACUAGCGCUCGCCCACAACUCCCUCAUACUCCUCCUCGGAUUCGGAUCUUCUUCUUCUUCGCCCGAUUCCCGUGUCAGCAUCCGACCCGAUUUGUCCCCGAUCGAGUCCGAGCAUAUUACAGCCAUUGAGUGGCUCGUUUUUGAAGAUUACGAUAUUCGGGUUGUUGUGGCCGGCACCUCUUCCGGCUAUUUGCUCUUUUACUCUCUGCUUGGUCAUUUCAUUCACAAACAGAUGAUACAUCCUGGGCGAAUUCUAAAGUUGAGAGUUCGUGGAACAAAGAGAGAUUUGACCCAAGACACUACUUCCUCAGAAGAAGUCUGUGUUGUCAUGCCAGGCAUAGUUGCUCGCUUUGAUGGUUCUCAUAUUCAGAGUAUGCUGCGCCAAUGGUUUGAAGAAACACAUACUCAGUAUUGGGAUCAGAAACCAAAAAAGCGAGGUUCAGAGGGCCAAGAAACUCCUUAUGGAAGAUUACCUUUCCAGUUAUGGAAUGUUAGCAAGUAUGGUACUUGUGCUGAUGCUGCAAUCACUGGUAUAAUGCCUCCACCACUGAUGGAACUCCAGUCAAGUCAGCGUUAUUACUGUGCGGUCGCUGUUGGAGAGGAUGCUGUUGUUUCGGCAUUCAGGCUUUCAGAAGACAAAAGCAGGUCUUUAGUGGGAGCUAUUUUAUCAAAAGUCGUUCCUGCAACAUUUUCGACAAUUGCUUCUGUUUCAAGAAUGUUUUGGCGGAGUGAACAAAUGUCACCAAGAAAAUCGGAAGUGAAGACUCAAUCAUUUGCUCGAGCUUCUCCUUUGACGUGUUUGAAGGAUCACCCAAGGAAGGGUGAGAAGCUGACCCUCUCACCUAGUGGUACAUUAGCUGCAAUAACAGAUUCACUUGGUCGUAUAUUGCUCUUAGACACUCAGGCACUUGUGGUGGUGCGGUUAUGGAAGGGAUACCGCGAUGCUAGCUGCCUAUUCAUGGAGAUGCUAGUCAAAAGAGAUACUGCUGCAGCAUCAAGUUCCAAUUAUUAUGAACCAGUGAAGAGUGAUUACUGUUUGUGUUUGGCUAUUCAUGCACCUCGAAAAGGAAUUGUUGAGAUCUGGCAGAUGAGAACUGGACCACGUCUUCGGAUUAUUCAAUGUGCCAAAGGUGCUAAAAUACUGCAACCUACCUAUAGAUUUGGAUCAUCUAUGACCUCUCCUUAUGUUCCUUUGGAGGUUUUCUUGUUGAAUGGGGAUUCUGGUCAAAUAUCAGUUUUAAAUCGAACCCUUAAUUGAUUUGUACAAUGUAAAACACUCUUUAUCCUGAUAUUUUACUGUAGGAAAAUGAUAAUUUUUCUGAUUAAGAUGGCUCUUUAAAUUUGGGGGAUUUA